AUGGAUGGUCAAAAGCUCCCUCGAGUAUGCCUCGAUCGUUACAGCGGUGCAGCUUCGAAAUACCCCCGCCUCCAGUCAACAGAUAUCCCUAAGGCCCCCUCGACCCUGAUACCUAUACCCGAGUCCCCGGAGCGCAAGCCCGCCAAGCCACCCUGGUACAAACCACUCAACUGGACCCUACGACGGACACUCAUCUCCACCCUCAUCACGAUCGUGAUCAUAGGAGUCAUCGUCAUCCCCAUCGAAGUCGUCCGAGCAAACCGCUACCCAGACUACGCCCCUCUAAACUACACACUAAAGGACACCUACUCAGGUCCAUCCUUCUUCGACCAAUUCAACUACUUCACCGAACAAGACCCAACAGACGGCUUCGUCGUCUACGUCAACAAAGAAACAGCCACAGGCCUCAACCUAACCCACGCAACCGAUACCUCAGCAAUCCUCCGCGUCGACACGGUCACGCCCAGUGCUCUCAGCGGUCGUAACUCCGUCCGCGUCGAAUCAAAGAAGGCAUAUGAUAUGGGUCUUUUCAUCUUUGACAUCAUUCACACACCGCACGGCUGUGGAACAUGGCCUGCUCUCUGGAUGACAGAUGGAGCGAAUUGGCCCUCGAAUGGCGAGAUCGAUAUUCUCGAAGCGACCAAUGAGGCUUCGCAUGGCAAUGAGGUCAGUCUGCAUACCACGCUCGGAUGCACGAUGGAGGUGAAGCGGAAGGAGACGGGCAAUCGAAUCUUCAAGACUUGCGAUAAUAGUACGAAUGGGAAUUCGGGAUGCGUUGUUGUUGGAGAACCGGAGACGUAUGGCGCGACUUUGAAUCAGAAUGGCGGAGGGAUCUAUGCCCUGGAACUGCGCACCGCCGGUAUCCGAACCUGGUUCUUCCCUCGCACCUCUGUCCCGGUCGAUAUCAAAUCACACACACCAGACCCCUCAACCUGGGGCACAGCUCUAGCUGACUUUCCCAGCACAAAGUGCGAUAUUCCUUCGCAUUUCCGGAACUUGAAUAUCAUUGCCAAUAUCGAUCUUUGUGGAGAACUUGCGUCGCAGCCGCAGUAUUAUGAUAAGAUGUAUGGUUGUCCGUCAACGUGUACGGACUUUGUGGCGAGGAAUCCUUCGGCUUUUUCGGAUGCGUACUGGGAGUUUGGGAAGUUUGAGGUAUAUCACGCUUUGAAUGCUUAG